AUGAAUCGCUCGCUUCGCUACUUAUCGCGGCCCCUGACGGCUGCAAGGUCAUUUACCCCGCUCUCGUCGGUAUAUCUCACACGAAACUUCCCAAGAGCGUAUCUCAACACAGGCGCAAUGGCGCAGAACUCCGCUACUAAUGGCAAACCCAAUACCUGGCAAGGUGCUGGAGCUGCUGAGUUUGACUUACGCAGUAUGACAUUCCUCUGGAUUAAGUUCUUCCUUUUCCUAAUGUUCACAAUUCUAGGCGAUACGAUGACCAAACCAACCCCGUCUAUGCUCGACGCGAUCUGCCAGACCACCUUGUUAGACGACGUUUUCAACGAAGACCCUACCACCAACACAUUACAAAACUAUGUGGCGGAGCGGACUCAGCACGAAGCUGCGCUUCUAGUCCUUUCAGGCACAAUGGGUAACCAGGUUGCUAUUCGCUCGCAUCUAACCCAACCCCCAUAUGCCGUCUUAUGCGACCAUCGAUCUCACAUCAUCUGCUACGAGGCUGGGGGUGUGAGCGCCUGGACCGGAGCAACGGUCCAGACCGUGUCUGGAGAACACCUAGACGGUAUGAUCAUGCCUUUGGCGGAGGCUCGGCGUAUUGUCGAAUGGGCUCACGAGAACGAUAUCAAGGUGCAUUUGGAUGGCGCAAGACUAUGGCAGGCUGUUGUGUCAGGCGCCGGCAGUCUGUCCGAGUACGCGAGCAUCUUCGACAGUGUUAGCUUGUGUUUCUCUAAAGGUCUUGGCGCCCCGAUCGGUAGCAUCAUCGUUGGAUCUCAGGCUUUUAUCAAGAAGGCUCGCUGGUUCCGCAAGUCUAUUGGAGGCGGUGCCCGUCAAACCGGUGUCUUUGCUGCCGCAGCCCGUGUCGCCCUCGACGAAACCUUCGGAACAGACGACCACGGCCAGACUGGCAAGCUAUCCGCCACCCAUACCAUGGCUAAGCGGGUGGAGGAACUCUGGACCAGACAUGGGGGCAAACUGCAAUAUCCCGUGCACACCAACAUGGUCUGGCUAGAUCUUGAGGCGUCCGGAGUGGGACCCAAUGACCUGUCAGUGAUUGGCAAGGAGAAAGGUCUAACAUUACUCGGUAAUCGAAUUGUCAUUCACUACCAGGUCUCCGAUGAAGCGAUCGCGCGCCUCGAACAGGUGUUUGACAUUGCUAUGAAGGGUCAGUAUCAACGUAGUGAUGAUACAAGCAGAGCAUAUGGUAGCAAACAGACCUGA